GUCAGAUUUGCUGAUGAGAUUCCAAGCUUGGCGAGCUGGGAAUUGAUUCCAAAGCGCGGGGCGCAUGAUCGGAAUGCCCCCCACUGCUCGCAACGUGCUUGUCAAGCGAAAUGAGUCGCUGCGCUUGAUCAUUGCGGCUUUUUGCGGGAUUGUGGUGGGAGUCUUCGUCGGUGUCUCCUUCUCCAGGUCUGGCUUCUUUUUGUCCAUGAGAACUCUGGUGGAGGAGUGUGGCCGGAAAUCCUUGUUUUGCAAGAACAUCAAGCCUUCUGGUACAGAGACUCUACCGCCGGGAAUUAUAGUUCCACAGACGGAUCUUUUGUUGCGAAGAUUGUGGGGAGAUCCAAAUGAGGAUAUCGUCCACAGGCCCAAGUAUCUACUGGCAGUAACAGUCGGUUUUGAUCAGCGGGAGAUGGUAAACAAAGCGGUCUCAAAAUUUGACAAGGAUUGGUUCGUCGUUCUCUUUCACUACGAUGGACGAACUGAUGGAUGGGAUCAGUACGAGUGGUCUCAGCGCGCUGUACAUGUGAGCGUUAGGAAACAGACGAAAUGGUGGUAUGCCAAACGAUUCUUGCAUCCGGAUGUGGUUGCGCUGUUCGACUUCAUAUUUAUAUGGGAUGAAGAUCUGGACUUGGAACACUUCGAUGCUCAGGAGUAUGUAGACCUUGUGAGAAGAUACCAACUAGAAAUAUCGCAGCCUGCCGUAGACGGGGUUUUGACUUGGCAAAUGACAAAACGUAGGGGUGACGUUGAGGUUCACAAGGACGCUGAGGAAAGGCCAGGAUGGUGCGCAGACGGUCCGGAAAAGCCACCUUGUGCUGCAUUUGUGGAGAUCAUGGCUCCGGUGUUUUCCAGGAAUGCUUGGAGAUGCGUGUGGCAUAUGAUACAAAACGAUUUGGUACACGGUUGGGGCCUCGACUUCAAUCUUCAGAAAUGUGCACAGCCGGCGCACGAGAAGAUUGGAGUCGUAGAUUCACAGUGGAUACAGCACAAGGGUGUGCCUUCUUUGGGAUCUCAGGGGCAAACGGUGCAAGGAGGCAAACCACCAUGGCAAGGGGUGCGAGAGAGAUGUAGGCUUGAGUGGAGAAUUUUCACGGAGCGAAUGAAAGAUGCCGAGAGGAAUGCCACUAAUGACCUCCAUCGCCAUGGUAUUUUCUAACUGGCUAUCAAAUUCUUUUCACAGAGGCCAUCAAUUCUUUUGUUGGCAAUUGUUCCCAUAAAUAAGUAAAACUAAAAUUUAAAACUAAAGUUUAGGA